GGAAUAUCUCCUCACAGUUGGAAUAUCGAGGGACUCAUCUUCAGCUGCUACGCUCAUGAUCUAUACUCAGAUAGUUUGGGCUCUCGCAGUGGACCGCGCUUUAUUCCAAAUUACAACCAACGCAUGGGCCCUUUUCGGUGCCGCAACUAUCAUCAGCAGCCUGUGUCUUGUCACUGUAGUUGGGGAAGGCGGACAAUUCGGCGGCGGCAUUUAUACACAUCUAACGAGUGAAGAAGACGAAUACGCAGAAAGGUUGAGUUUGGAUGAACUCCACGCUGAACAGAUUAGUCUUUAGAAAGAAAUCGACCCAAAAAAUAAAUGUGGCUGUC